AUGGAGCUCAAUGUGGAGGGCAUGUGGGACACUCAUCUCCACUGUUUUGACCCAGCUCUCUACCCAUUCAAACCUACACGCAGUUAUACGCCCGCUCCAGCCCCCAUAGAGGCUUGGGUCGAGCAAAGCCGAGCAUCUUGGUUAGUCCUAGUCCAAGCUUCUAUUGAAGAUGGUCCCGCUGGAUUGAUAGGCCAUCUCCGCCGCAUUCGAACCGAAUACCCCCACUUAGUCGCCCGUGGUGUUAUUUGCAUGGAUGAAAACUGGAACGCAUUGACCAACGAAGAUUUCUAUGCUUUACAUGAGCUGGGUGUCCGUUAUUGUCGUAUACACUAUUUCUAUGGUGGAAUUAAGAUGGAUGCUGUCAAUUUGCAAGAACAGAUCCGUCUGUUCGCCCGGUCAUAUCCAUCCAAGCAACUUGGCUGGGGCCUUUCAGCACAGCUUCCUCUAGCUUUGUGGUCUUCAUUGAAAGACUUCAUUAUGAGCGACCCUGAAAUAUCCAGUCUUUCAAUCAUUGCAGAUCAUGUCGGUUGCGCAGUUCCUGCCGAUAUUGGAGACUCCAGCCUCGAUGACUUUGUCCAGCUACUUCAUACUGGUAGAUUGAAUGUGAAAAUAUCUGCCUUGUACCGCAGAUCUGGAGAAGACAUCACUCCAAUGAAACACAUCAUUCAAAUGUUUGCGGACAGUACCCCAUCCGCACUUAUAUGGGGCAGUGACUGGCCUCAUGUGGAUGCCUCUAGCCGAGGGUCAUACGAUCCAGGGAAACCCAAGUUGGCAGAUCCAAAUAAGGAGCUUUUGCUAUUGAAGAGCUGGUUGUCUGCCGAUCAAUUUCGGAAGAUGCUGGUUGACAACCCGGAUCGUCUGUUUGGAUAUUGA